UGUCAGAAUUGAAAGUACUGAAUCCUGUACCAUAUAGGACCCAACUCAUAUGUUGUCAGAAGAAAAUCUCUCAAAAUCAUCUUUUUACAUAACGGUUCCUAAAUUUGUAGUCUUUCCAUUCCCAAAAAGAAACCCUAAUUUUUCAAUAUGAAUUCCCAAAUAAACUCACCUAAUCCAAACCCUAAUUCACUCAAAAACAGGUUUGCCAAGGGAUUCAUUAGAGCCUUGAUGAGAAUACAUAAAUCUCCUUCAAAUAAUAACAACAACUCACCAAGAGAGAUCUCGAAACGCCGCCGCAGAAUCAAGACCGCGGCCAAUGCUGCCAUGGCCUCGGCCGUUGGGUCCAGAAAAGUACUAUGGAGCCAGGCGGUGUUGCGGAAGAUCCGCAACAACCGACCUGGCAGUCACGGCGGCAGCAGAAGCAGCCGCCGUGUCAUUUUCAAAAGAAGUAUUAUUAAUCAAAAGAGUUUUGUCAAGAAGAAGAGAGAAGAAGAAGAAAUAGUAGGUUUUGGAGAAGAUGAUGAGAAGAAGCUUAGGAAGGUGGUUCCAGGUGGUGCAGCCAUGGAUAUUUGUAGCUUAUUGGAUGAGACUGCUCAUUAUAUAAGGUGUCUUACUACUCAGGUAAAGGUUAUGAAAACCAUAACUGAAAUUUACUCAACUUAAGGAUGAAGAUGAUGAUGAUGAAGAUGGUGAGUUUCUUCUUCUUCUUCUUUUUUUUUCUUUUCCCAAAUAUUAGUCCGCCAUGUGUAGAAAUUUUUAGUUGGUGGAGUAUACUUUAUAAUACCCCCAAAUUAAAAAUAAUAAUAAGGGAAUUAAGAAAAGAAUAUGUUUAUUA